AUGGAGAACCUCCCGGAAGAGAUCCUGACUGACAUUCUGGACUACCUUGAUCCCCCAGAAUUACUUUCUGUACAACGAACCUGCGUGUCUCUAUCAAAGUCGGCACACGCCAAUCCGUUAUGGAGGUAUAAGUGCUUUGAGAAAUCUCCUAGUGCCUCUAUGAGAAAUGCCGACGGUACAUUGAACACAUUGACCAGUGCUUUGCAGAGUCUGACUAUCUCAGAUCGUCCUCCUCGGCGGCAGGAUCGUACAGGAGACGUCAAUUCCUCCGAGCAUCCUCCCAGAGAAAGUCAACGAGCCCGUGCGGUCAACCAAUGGGACCUCUCGGACGAUAACGAACGGGUUGACUGGUACUCAGAAUAUAAGGGCAGACAUGCACCUCUGAACACGCACUGGCUUAUUGAUCCGUCGCUAGACGACUUAGAGAUUAAGGGCAUUGCGUCUCUGGAUGGGUCCAGUCAGGUCGUGGGUUACCUAGAGGACUCGAGUGUGUGUAUUUGGGAUGUCAGUGAAGACAACUCCGGGAGAAGGAAAUUCAGAGAACUCGGACGGAGCAAGCCUUCUGCUCUGUUUGCCGAUGCUGUGCAGCCGGGCGAGUCGCUCAUUGUUGACUGUGUAAGCACCUUUCCGACACAACGAAAGGCAUUCAUCGCUGUCGGAAAUGUUCUCAAUGAGGUCGAUCUCGAUAUCUUGAAGGUGGUUUCGAGUGUGAAAUACAAGUAUCCAAUAACGGCCUUGUCGCAAACCACCUCUACGGACCUGCCGCUUACAAUAGGCACUCAAUGGAGUCUUCACAUCCUCGAUCCCCGCAUACCCGCUGUCCCAUCAACCGGUGCCUCCCAAGAACGGGUGGAGGAAACUUCAAGUCGGUCCACUGCCAUCCUGCCCGAUCUGUCGGGAAAGCCAAAUACGCUGUCUUCGACCUUUGGACCACGAAACUCGCUAUCCACAACUCCCGAUCCAUACCAGAACCAGAACCAUCACUGGAUGACAUACGCCAAAGUAGAACCGGGACCAUUAUCCAUUCUUCACCACGCCGAAAACGAUAUCUUGAUUGCAGGGAGAUUUCCUAGCAUCCUGUCCUACGACCGCCGGUACUUCCCCCGUCUUCAAUAUGUCAUUCAUUCCGGCGGAAGUCUUUCGGGCCUGACAUCGAUCCCGUAUCCGCCAGCCGGGGCUUCAGCAAGCGUCAAUGCGACCUCGACUCUUAUUGCCUGCGGAGAAUAUCGGGGCCGUGGUUCUCUCGAACUUUAUUCGCUCCCUCAUGUGAAAGCCAACGGAGAGUCUGAUUCGGCCACCAACAAUAACAGCCCAUCCUCAGAAGAAGAUGGCAUGGAUUUUGACCUUGGACGCAGCAGCCGUGGCAUGGCAUCGGAAGAUGGCCUGUUUAGCUACAAAAACAGACAGCAGGCCGCGAAAUCCAAGCUCCUCUCGGUGGCGCCACACGGGACGAAGAUCGUCUUCUCCGAUUCAGAAGGCGGACUGAAAUGGGUUGAGCGAGACGGCCGUAGUCUCAUACGAAAGUGGAACAUCAACGGAUUCCAAGUCGGCCAGACUGGCGCCUCUCUUAGCGGAGACCAGGUCGUCCGUAAGAUCAUCCCGCUCAAUGUCCCGGACUCGGAGCGUGGCCGACGUGGUGACUCGGACUUGCUGAUCUGGACGGGCGAGCGAGUCGCCAUCGUGAGUACGAACCCGCUAUUUGCCAAUCACGAAGAACUGGUUAAGGAACUGGAGGAAGGGGAAGACGUCAAUGAGCGCAAGGAACGGGAACGCGCAGAGGCAUAUUCGAAGACCAUGAGGCAAGCGUUGGAACGGCAGGCUGAUGAGCGGCGGUGGAUGAGUCAAUUCCGGUUGAAGAAGCGUGACUUUUUCUGA